CACAGUUGAAGUUGUCGAAGGAUGAUUUCUUGGCCUAUGAUAAAAAGCCUUUUGUUUCCACUGCCAAACCUUGAGGGGAAAAUUUGCAACAGUUUGGCACCAUUUUUGAGUGAAUUGGAGAAUUUCGGAUUUUUCUGAAAUUGUGACCGUGCAGCUUAGGGAUUUUGUCAGGAAAAUGUUUUUCCGCAGCUGAAGUAGUCUAGGGCGGAUUUCUUGGCCUAUGAUCAAAAGCCUUCCGUUUCUACCGCCAAACCUUUCAGGAGAGAAUUCCCAAAAGUUUUGUACAAUAUUUGAGUGAAUUGGAGAAUUUCAGAUUUUUGAUUAAAUUGUCACCCUGGGGCUUAGAAAUUUAUUUCCCCACAGGUUAAGUUGUCGUGGGCUGAUUUCUUUGCCUAUGAAAAAAAGCCUUCUGUUUCCACCGCCAAACCUUUCAGGGGAGAAUUUGCAACUGUUUGGCACCAUUUUUGAGUGAAGUGGAAAACGGCUGAUUUUUGAUGAAAUUGUGAGCAGCCGGCUUAGGGAUUUUUUCAGAAAAAUGUUUUUCCGCUGAUUAAGUAUUUGAGGGCAGUUUUCUUGGCCUAUGAUCAAAAGCUUUCCGUUUCCACCGCCAAACCUUUCAGGGGAGAAUUUGCAACAGUUUGGCACCAUUUUUGAGUGAAUUGGAGAAUUUCGGAUUUUUGCUGAAAUUGUGACCCCGGGGCUUAGGCAUUUUUUCAGAAAAAUGUUGUUCCGCAGGUGAAGUAGUUGAGGCCGAAUUUCUCAGCAUCGAUAAACAUUAACAUUGCUUUACAACUCUUUCUUGCUUCUAACUUUUCCAAAAUAUCCACAACUUUUUAAAUAUCUUUCAUAUGUCUUCCAGGCAGAAAUCCUGCCUGGUCUUUAUGAAUAUACUCAGAUAAAAUCUUUUUUAGCCUAUUAUCCAGUAAAUUUCAAAAAAUUUUUAAUCCACAUUAAGUAGGGAGAUUGGUCUGUAGUUUUUAAUGUUGGAUCUAUCCUGACGCUGUUUAGGAAUCAGAGUAAUGUAAGCUUGUUUCCAGGUUUCAGGUGCUUUCCCACCCUGUAAAAUUGAAUUAGAUAUUUCUACCAGAGGUUAUAUAAGCCAAUCUUUCAAUGAUCUUCUUUUUCUUUUUUAUACAGUUGCUUAUAAUAUUUAUAAAAACAUUUUCUAAUGUCUGCAGGUUUCUCUACCGAUUUUCCUUCUGUAACAAUGUUUGUAAUAGUACUUUGUUUUUGUCUCUUUUUUAAUUGCCAGGCUAAUAGUUUCCCACAUUUAUUUGCAGAUUCAAAAUUUCUUUGUCUCAUCCUUCUUAUCUUCCAUUCAGUUUCUUGGUUUACUAACUGUGACUAUUGAACCUGUAAGGCUUUAAUUUCUUUUUGGAUCUGCAAAUUCUUUGGGUUUCUUCUAAGCUUCUUCUCUUUGUCUUUCAGUUGUUCCAUAAUUUUGUCUUUUGCCUCAUUCUGUGACUUUCUCCUAAUUGUGUUUUGUUGUAUCAGAAACCCUCUCAUUACCGCUUUGCUGGCUUCCCAAAUCACCCUUAUUUCCAUUCCUUGAGUCAUAUUAAGUUCAAAAUAACCCUUUAGGGUUUUUUGGGCCUUAUUUACAAUUGAUGAAUUUCUCAACAAAUCGUCAUUCAUUCGCCAUCUGAAGGAACCCUGAACAAACAUUUUCAAGUCCAUAGAAACUGCAUUAUGAUCCCAGCAGGUUUUAGGGCAAAUUUCCGUUUUUGCCACUUUAGGAACCAAGUCUGUGGAUAUCCAUAUAUAGGCUAUUCGCGAAAAUACUUGGUUUGCCUCUGAAAAAAAGUGAAGUCUUUUUCCAUUGGAUUUCUAAUUCUCCAUGUAUCUGACAGAUCAAAUUUUUCAGUUAGAUCAAACAAAGUCUUCGGUAGUCUGCCAGAGUUCGUAACCUUUGAUCUCUGAGUUCUGUCCAUCAAGGUAGAUGCAACUCCAUUCAAAUCCCCCAUCAAAAUAAUGUUAUAAUCCAAGUAUUCCGGCAGACUUGCUUCCAGGUUCUUAAAAAAUUCCGCUUUGCCAUCAUUAGGUGCAUAGAUUCCUAAUACCAAAAAUUUCUCGCCUUGUGCUGAAAUUUCAACUGCGAUAUAUCUUCCUUCCUCAUCUUUGAAAGCAAAUUUUGGAUUCCAUUUAUCUUUGAUGUAGAAAACCACUCCUCUUUUUUUGACUUUGUCAGAAGAAAUAAAUUCUUGACCCAAUCUUUUAUUUAUUAAUUUUUUUGUGUGUAAUCUUGUAAUGUGGGUUUCCUGUAGACAAAUUAUGUCCAAAUUUUGUUUCUCCAAAAUAUGAUCAAUUUUUUUCCCUUUUUUGUGGCAAGUUCAUGCCAUGAACAUUCCAUGAAUAAAUUCUCAACACCAUAUUGGCUAUUUACGAGGAGGCUGCUUCCGCCCCCCGCAGCUGUGGAGUUUGCAAUCCAAGUUCUACCGAGUGCUUCUGGAUAAAUCUAUCCUUCUCCUGAAGAUUCUUAAUCUUUUGCUUUCUUCCUUCAAAUUUGAAGGAUAGGCCCUCUGGAAAUUCCCACCUGAAAAAAAUGUUCUUUCUCCUCAGAAUAUCUGUCAAAUCCUUGUACUGGGAUCUCAAAUUCAAAAAAAACCUAGGAAUUUCCUUGAAAAGAACCACCACUUUAUCAAACACUUUGAGGCCUUUUUUAUAGUGAUGUCCCAAAAUGAUAUCUCUUUGUUCCUUGGUCUUAAAGACCACAAUACAGUCGUAAGUUAUUUUAGUCUCUUUUUUAGGUCCAAAUCUAUAGGCUUUCUCCACCCAGUCUUCCCUCUCCUCUUUUUUAGAUCCCAGAAUUCAACAAAAUAUUUUAUCACACAUUCUCUGAGUUUAUCUUGAUCCUGUUCCAGAUUACGAAAUCCUCUCAAUCUCAGAUGAGAUUGUUUCUGUGCCAGCUGUAAAUAAGCUAUAGCUGUUGCAUUUUCCUGUUGCAAGCGUUCCAAGUCCUGGACCUGAACAUUCUCCAAUUGUGUCCAUCUUUCAUCAUGUGUAUUAAUUUGCUCUUUGACAACUCGCAGGUCAGUGCUCAACUGGUCAAACCUUUCUUCCAAUUUAUUUACCACGCCUGUAUUGCGGUCCAGUCCUUCUUUAAUAUCAUUUAACGCUGACAAUACCGACUCCUCGAAUUGCGUCGGUGCUUUAGAGCCACGUCUAGGCUUUUCUUUUUCUGAAGUCAUAACUGAGGAAUGUCAAGGUCAAUCACACAGUCUGCCAGAACAAUGGAGGAAAAACAGUUUCUCCUUUCCACCAGCCAAAUCGAAAGCAGCUUCCUUAGUCUUUAAAACUGCUUCAGUCACAACAAAAAAUAUGGCAGAGAGAAGUUUAUCCAAAGCUCUCUUUCUUGAGAGGAAGUAAGACAGUUUUUAUCACUUUAGAACGUUACUAGUCAAUGCAGGACAAUUUAUAGGCUAUUCAGUCGAGGUGGAGAUUAAGUUUAUUCACUUUCCUUAUAAAAUCACCAUGGAGACUAGCCUUUCCUCUCGGCUGGUCCGCUGCCAAGAGAGGAUAUCUCAGUCUAAUUAGGCAAGUUUCCAAUUGUAAUAAAUCAUUCACAUACCCCUAUGUUCCCAAAGAAAGGAAAAGGAAAAUAUCGCUUCCAGUUUUAAAAGUUUUCUUUACUUUUAGGCUUCAGUCUUUGCACGCCGAUUCAUAUUUUUGUUCAACAGAAGGGGAGCCACCUCCUUUUCCAAUGUCUCCCUUAUCUUCCCAGAUAGCUCUAAGAAUGAUUUAGGAGUACUUACAGUUCCAAAUUGCUUAUUCUUUUUUUAUGGAGGAAUUGAUCACUGCUGGUUGCCAGUUCUCAGAGCUUCGCAGCUUUGAAGAGAGCAGUCGUUUCCGCUGAGCCGCAUCUCACCCCACUCACUCUCGGUGCCCUUAAAUCUUACCGGGGACUGGAGGAGUCGCAGAUAAGGCUUGCCGGAUAAACCAAGUCCUCAGAAUGCCCGAUCUGAGAUUUUAAUGGAGAACUGUGUCGCUCUUACAGUCUCUCCCUUCUUCAAAGUGCUGGAAUUCUUUCAGCCGAAAGACUCCAUGACUGCCAUACCACGUGACCAACCAGAAAGUCCUGGUUCCGACUGGUUUGGACCAGUUCCAACUGGUCUAGACCAGCUGAAACCGGCUUCAACCAGCUUGGACCGGUUCAAACUGGCUUGGACAGGUUCCAACCAGCUUGGACCGGUUCAGACCAUCUGGACCUGUUCCCUCCGACUUGGACAAGUUCAAACCAGUCUGAACCAGUUCAAACCAGUUGAGACUGGUUCAAACCAGCUGUGA